AUGGACACUGAUGUUGGCGAUGGUAAUAGGGUCGAGGUAAUGAAAGAGGAGCUUAAGGGCGGUCCAGUCACUGUUGUAACACCAGAUGUGGCGGAAACGUCUAUCGGAAUAGUUGGCGAUGAAUUUUCGGAUAGAGAAGAAAGCGUAGUCAUAGAUGGAGCCAAGGUUGCGUCCGUUGCCGAGUUCCCUACAACGGUCGCUACAUUUGUGGUCGACGCCGAGGCUGUUGAUGACAAUAUAUUUGGCAAAUACGUUGCGACGGCUAUUGAAGUAAGGUCCGAAAUUAAAGUCGAGCUCAAGGGACUCCUUGUCGAUGAAAGAGAGCUCGCGGAUGAGACAGAACCGAUUGAUGAUAAGGAAGAAGUCGAAAACGUCGACACUAUUGAACUUGAGCUGAUAGGAUACGUCGAAGAGUUAGAAAAGCUAGUCGAAAGGGCAGUUGUGGAAAGGGAGCUGCUAUCAGGUAGUGUCGUUGAAAAGGUGGAAGUCGUUGAGCCUGACUCUGAAGAAGAAAUUGAAGGAGAAGAUGGAACUAUUGGACCAGUGAACGUCGUGGGUUCAGUGUUUGACGUAGUGAUAUCGACCGUAGACGUAGGUGAUGUGAGGGAAAAUGAAGAAGUUGAAGAGCUAGUCGUGUUUGCGAAUGGCCCGGCGGUUGAUAUUGAAGAGAUCUGUGUGCUGCUGCUCACUUUGAUGUUGGUAGUUGUGAGGGACGAGGUUGUAAUGGGUUCGGAAGAUGUGAAAGAGGACGUCGGGGUCGCGGUUGACGACGAGGUCAACAAAGAGCUUGAUGAGCUUGAAGAAGAGAUAGAUGAAGGGGUUGAAGUAGAUAAGAAAUCUGACGUCGUUGGAGAGAAGGUGGCAGUGAAUGAGGUAGAUGAUGGCAACGACGAUGAGAGAGAGGAAGACGAUGAUGAGGAUUGUAAGGACGAAGUCAAUGAUGAAGUCGAUAGGAUUGAAAGGGAAGUUGAGAGUGUGUCUGUUGUGGACUCUGAGAUCGAUGAAAAGGUUGAAGAAGUGUCCGUAAGCGAGGUCGAAGACAAAUUCAAGGUUGUGGUUGGAUCAGAAGCUGAAGAGGAUAUUGACAGGGAAGUCGACGAGAAACUCGAGGAGGAGGUUAUGGAUAUGUCUGUUGAGGACUCCGAGCUCGUGAGAGAAAUUGAAGAAGAGUCCGAAGACGAGACCGACGUUAAGGUCAGGGAUAAGGUGGGAUCUGAAGCCGAAAAGGAUGUUGACAGAGAAGUUAAGGCGGAAGUCGAGGAGAAGGUUGAGAAUGUGUCUGUGGUGGACUCUAAAGUUGAUGAACUCGACGAAGAAGAAGUCGGAGUGGUUGAGGAUGAGUUCGAAAAGAAGGUAAAGGAUGAAGAUUCAGUGCUGGACUCUGAAUCCGAAGACGUCGUCGACGACGUGCUUGGCUCAGUCGAUUCCGUAGUAGUCGGAGCAGGUGGAACCUCCCGGAAGCCAUAA